AUGGAUCAGCUGUUUGUGCUGCUGCUGUGGAGCUCAGAGUCUGAUGAUGUCAGGUUGGUGGGAGGAGCCAAUCGCUGUGGAGGUACACUGCAGGUGAAACAUCUGGGAGAGUGGAAACCAUUGCAAUUCAUUGACUGUACCCUGAAGGAAGCAGCUGUAGUCUGUAAACAUCUGGACUGUGGCUCCGCUGUUUCUGUAGAACAGUCCUCACAAAGCUCAGUGUGGGGGGUCAAUUCUACCUGUGUUCAGUCAGGAUCUGCUCUGAGGAACUGUGUAACAUCAGAAUACUUCUCCUCUGCCGUGGAGCUCACCUGCUCAGACUCUGUCAGGCUGCUGAAUGGUUCCAGUCUGUGUUCAGGCAGACUGGAGGUGAAGUCUAACCAGAGCUGGUCCUCAGUGUGUGAAGCUGACUUUGACCAGCAGGAUGCAGAGGUGGUCUGUAGGGAGCUCGGCUGUGAGCCUCCUUCGGCCCUCCAGGGGGCGCUCUAUGGAGAAGUGGAGGCUCCAGUGUGGAGCAAAGAGUUCCAGUGUGGAGGCCAUGAGUCUGCUCUCCUGGACUGUAGAAGCUCAGGCUCAGCUCGAAACAGCUGCUCACCUGGCAAAGCUGUUGGACUCACCUGCUCAGACUCUGUCAGGCUGCUGAAUGGUUCCAGUCUGUGUUCAGGCAGACUGGAGGUGAAGUCUAACCAGAGCUGGUCCUCAGUGUGUGAAGCUGACUUUGACCAGCAGGAUGCAGAGGUGGUCUGUAGGGAGCUCGGCUGUGGGCCUCCUUCGGUCCUCCAGGGGGCGCUCUAUGGAGAAGUGGAGGCUCCAGUGUGGAGCAAAGAGUUCCAGUGUGGAGGCCAUGAGUCUGCUCUCCUGGACUGUAGAAGCUCAGGCUCAGCUCGAAACAGCUGCUCACCUGGCAAAGCUGUUGGACUCACCUGCUCAGAGAGUGAUUUCAGGUUGGUAGGAGGAGCCAGUCGCUGCGCAGGUAUACUGGAGGUGCAAAAUCGGAAAGAAUGGAGACCUGUGGAUAGCUCUGACUGGAGCUUGAAAGAAGCAGCUGUUGUGUGCAUACAUCUGGACUGUGGCCCAGCUGUUUCUGUCAAAAAGAGGCACAAUUUCUCAUGGAGAUCUAGAUGGAAGAUUAAUUCUGACUGUGUUCAGCCAGGAGCUCCUCUGAGGGAUUGUACAACAUCGGCUGACACUGAUCAAAUCCUGAAUAUCACCUGCUCAGACUCUCCAGACUCUGUCAGGCUGCUGAAUGGUUCCAGUCUGUGUUCAGGCAGACUGGAGGUGAAGUCUAACCAGAGCUGGUCCUCAGUGUGUGAAGCUGACUUUGACCAGCAGGAUGCAGAGGUGGUCUGUAGGGAGCUCGGCUGUGGGCCUCCUUUGGUCCUCCAGGGGGCGCUCUAUGGAGAAGUGGAGGCUCCAGUGUGGAGCAAAGAGUUCCAGUGUGGAGGCCAUGAGUCUGCUCUCCUGGACUGUAGAAGCUCAGGCUCAGCUCGAAACAGCUGCUCACCUGGCAAAGCUGUUGGACUCACCUGCUCAGACUUUGAUUUCAGGUUGGUGGGAGGAGCCAGUCGCUGUGCAGGAACACUUGAGGCAAAAUAUCUGGGAAAGUGGAGACCAGUGUAUGGCUUUUUCUCGACCCUGAAAGAAGCAGCUGAAGUUUGCCAAUAUCUGGACUGUGGCUCAGCUGUUUCUAUACAAAAGGCAUACUCCUCAUACAAAUUUGUGUGGUCAAUUUCUUCUGACUGUGUUCAGUCAGGAUUUCCUCUGAGGGAUUGUACAACAUCGGCUAACACUGAUCAAAUCCUGACUCUCACCUGCUCAGACUCUGUCAGGCUGCUGAAUGGUUCCAGUCUGUGUUCAGGCAGACUGGAGGUGAAGUCUAACCAGAGCUGGUCCUCAGUGUGUGAAGCUGACUUUGACCAGCAGGAUGCAGAGGUGGUCUGUAGGGAGCUCGGCUGUGGGCCUCCUUCGGCCCUCCAGGGGGCGCUCUAUGGAGAAGUGGAGGCUCCAGUGUGGAGCAAAGAGUUCCAGUGUGGAGGCCAUGAGUCUGCUCUCCUGGACUGUAGAAGCUCAGGCUCAGCUCGAAACAGCUGCUCACCUGGCAAAGCUGUUGGACUCACCUGCUCAGAGCCUGAUUUCAGGUUGGUGGGAGGAGCCAGUCGCUGUACAGGUACACUGGAGUUUAAACAUCUGGGAAAGUGGAGACCAGUGUAUGGCUUUUUCUGGACCCUGAAAGAAGCAGCUGUUUCCUGUGAACAACUGGACUGUGGCUCAGCUGUUUAUAUAGAAAUGAUAGACUCCUCACGCACAACUGGGUGGUUGAUCAGUUCUGAUUGUGUUCUGUCCAGAUCUCCUCUGAGGGACUGUGCAACAUCAGAUUACACUGACCAAAUCCUGAAACUCACCUGCUCAGACUCUGUCAGGCUGCUGAAUGGUUCCAGUCUGUGUUCAGGCAGACUGGAGGUGAAGUCUAACCAGAGCUGGUCCUCAGUGUGUGAAGCUGACUUUGACCAGCAGGAUGCAGAGGUGGUCUGUAGGGAGCUCGGCUGUGGGCCUCCUUCGGUCCUCCAGGGGGCGCUCUAUGGAGAAGUGGAGGCUCCAGUGUGGAGCAAAGAGUUCCAGUGUGGAGGCCAUGAGUCUGCUCUCCUGGACUGUAGAAGCUCAGGCUCAGCGGGAAACAGCUGCUCACCUGGCAAAGCUGUUGGACUCACCUGCUCAGAACCUGUCAGGUUGGUGGGAGGAGCCAGUCACUGUGAAGGAACACUGGAGCUGAAAUAUCUGGGAGAGUGGAGACCAGUAUAUGACUCUCUGUGGUCCUUUAAGAAGGCAGCUGUUCUCUGUUACUAUCUAGACUGUGGCUCUGCUGUUUCUGUAACACAGAGGAAGGAGUCCACAUGGAGAUCUAAAUGGAGUAUUAGUUCUGACUGUGUUCAGCCAGGAAUUCUUCUGAGAGAAUGUGCAGCAUCACAUUACAAUCAGUUCAUCUUGAAUAUCACCUGCUCAGACUCUGUCAGGCUGCUGAAUGGUUCCAGUCUGUGUUCAGGCAGACUGGAGGUGAAGUCUAACCAGAGCUGGUCCUCAGUGUGUGAAGCUGACUUUGACCAGCAGGAUGCAGAGGUGGUCUGCAGGGAGUUUGGCUGUGGACCUCCUUCGGUCCUCCAGGGGGCGCUCUAUGGAGAAGUGGAGGCUCCAGUGUGGAGCAAAGAGUUCCAGUGUGGAGGCCAUGAGUCUGCUCUCCUGGACUGUAGAAGCUCAGGCUCAGCGGGAAACAGCUGCUCACCUGGCAAAGCUGUUGGACUCACCUGCUCAGAGUCUGAUGAUGUCAGGUUGGUGGGAGGACCCAGUCGCUGUGCAGGUACACUGGAGUUAAAACAUCUGAGAGAAUGGAGACCAAUGGGGUACUUUCAUGUUUCCUGGACCAUGAAAGAAGCAGCUGUUAUGUGUGAACAUCUGGACUGUGGCUCAGCUGUUUCUAUAGAAGCGGCACAUUCCUCAUACAAAGCUGUGUGGUUGAUCUGGUCUUCCUGUAUUGUGUCCAAAACUCCUCUGAGGGAUUGUGCAAUAUCAGAUCACCUUGACCAAAUCCUGAAACUCACCUGCUCAGACUCUGUCAGGCUGCUGAAUGGUUCCAGUCUGUGUUCAGGCAGACUGGAGGUGAAGUCUAACCAGAGCUGGUCCUCAGUGUGUGAAGCUGACUUUGACCAGCAGGAUGCAGAGGUGGUCUGUAGGCAGCUCGGCUGUGGACCUCCUUUGGGCCUCCAGGGGGCGCUCUAUGGAGAAGUGGAGGCUCCAGUGUGGAGCAAAGAGUUCCAGUGUGGAGGCCAUGAGUCUGCUCUCCUGGACUGUAGAAGCUCAGGCUCAGCUCGAAACAGCUGCUCACCUGGCAAAGCUGUUGGACUCACCUGCUCAGUUAAUGAUGUCAGGCUGGUAGGAGGACCCAGUCGCUGUGCAGGUACACUGGAGUUGAAACAUCUGGCAGGAUGGAGACCACUGUGUGGCUCUCAUGAUUCCUGGACCCUGAAAGAAGCAGCUGUUUUCUGUGAACAUCUGGACUGUGGCCCAGCUGUUUCUAUAGAAAAGGGACGCUCCUCACGCACAUCUGCAUGGUUGAUUACACCUGAGUGUGUUCUAUCCACAUCUCCUUUGAGGGAUUGUGCAACAACAGAUUAUUCUUACCAAAUCCUGAAACUCACCUGUUCAGCUCCAACAGAUUUCACAGUUCUCAUCACCAUGCUCAUCCUACCGCUGACUCUGCUGCUGGUGAUCACUGCCCUUUAUUUCUACUGUCAGGCCAACAGGGGGCAGAAAUCCAGCAGACAGGAGAACACUGAGCUGCUUGACUCUAAUCAGGGUGUUUGUGCAGGUGAAGGAGUGCCGGCUGCAAAUAAAAGAGUUCAGCAGGACCUCCAAGGAGCUCAUCCUACAGCCACAUGAAUUAAUCAGCUGAUGUGAGCGACCAUCAGCUCAGUUUUCUGCUGAAGACUUAAAUCUGUAAACACACCUCACUAACAAAUAUCUUCACUAAUAAUUCUGAAAUGUAGAGAUAGAGCGCCCACCAGGGAAGGCGGUGAGGCAUCAGCAAGAAGAGCGUGGAAAAAACAACUUGGAUCUUGACACUCAGCAUGUC